UUGAAACCAUGAGGGUCCUCCUUUGGAACGUCUUGUUGUUCUGCCUGCUUGCGUACGCCCUCAGCGACUGCCGGAGAGAUUGCCUGAACUGCCACAGACAUUUGUAUAGCCACCAGCAGGAUGACUUCAGCCUUCUGAUCUGCGUCAUGGAGUGUGAGGGGAAGCUGCUCUCCAGCGCCACCUGGGGGCUGUGCAGCAAAGCCACCGGAGGCAAGGCUCCUUUGCCCCUCGACCUCGACAGCCUGGAAGACGACGCCAGCCGGCCCUUGGAGAUGUGGAACGGCGGCCUGCUGCCAAGCAGAGGCGGCCUGAAACGCCUCGGCAGUCUGGCCAGGGUGGCGGACCUCGACAAGGCCGGGGGCGAGAAGGGGGUGUCCAAGACAAGCGGCUUCUUCCGCCAAGCAGAAGGUGGAGAGGGUGACGGGGUCCAAGCUCUGCUGAGGGACUUGCCGGCCCAGCUCGACAUCCCGAAAGGGGUGAGCGGCUUCCUGAGCGGGCCGUUCGGUUAUGAGCCGGUGGGGGAGGCCGGUGUGCAGGAGCUCCAGAAGCGGUUCGGGGGCUUCAUUGGGGUCCGGAAAUCGGCUCGGAAGUGGCACAACCAGAAGCGGUUCAGCGAGUUCUUGAAGCAGUACCUGGGGAUGUCUCCGCGAUCCGUCGAGUACGAUGACCUGGCCGACGACCCGAAAGAGCAAAACGAGAUCUAGGCGGACGGACUCCCCCCCCCUCCCCGGCGUUCCCGGUUUUUUUCUCGUACCACCAACUUAUAGUGAAUUGGUUCAGGUCUGCCGAAGCCUAAGAAGUCAACCCCGAUUUAGUCCCUUUCUGUUCCCGUUCUAUUUAUCGUGGCCCCCGUGUUUGUCGUCCCAGACCGGGAGUCGAGGCGGCUUGCAAAUAAAAAUACGCAGGGUGGAUAAAAUGCAAAGAGCUAAAAAGAUCUGAGAGAUCAUCGUUCGAAAGCAACUGAGCUCUGACAGAAUUAAAAGACUAUGAAAAGAAACGGUGCAGAUUAUGGAAACAGCAAAGUGCUAUUAGAAGCCCUUCUUCGAACAAACACUUCCCAAAGGCCUGUUGGAAUGAAACAGUCCUCACCUGCAGGUGGAAGAGCAGUGAGAAGGGAGCCUGUCUAGCCUCACUAGGGAGGGAGUUCCAAAGUUGCUCAGGAGGAGCCACCACCGAGAAGGCCCUCUCCUGUGUCCCCACAAAGCACUCCAGUGAAGGUGGCAGGACCGUGAGAAGAGCCUCCCUUGAAGAUCUCAGAGACUGGGCAGGUUCAUAUGAGGGAAUAUUGUCUGUCUGAUUGCCCAGACCUAAGCCACGUAGGGCUUUAUAUUGAUUGAUUGAUUGAUUGAUUGAUUGUACUCCAGAUGCUUUUGGUCUAUGAGUCCCAUCACCCCCAGCCAACACUGUUAGAGGUGACCCACGACACCCCUUUCACAUCUGUAAGCAAUCUAUAUUUUAGUGUGUUGACCUUUGGA